AUGUCCUCGCUUAUGUGGCGCACGCCACAGGCAUAUCCCCCAGAGCCUCGCCAGAAACACAUAGGCGUUAUUUGCCCUGACCGGGUAGAAGGAUACGCUGUGGUCCCUCCCUUUCGUCCCAGUGGGAAGCACAGUGACCUCCUGCUGCUGUCGAACCCCGAGGCCCACAGGGACUGGAGGAAGACCCCCCUCCCCCUGUCUGCGGCUCAGCACCUGGAGCUCAGCAGCGAGAGCCACAGGGACCAGCACAGACUGAGGUGUGUGUCGACCGGUCUGGACCUGGUGAAGCGGUGCUCUCUGCUCUACCAGGACCUUCCCUCCUACACACAGGUCUUCACACCGAUCCACACGCUUCUGUCCCGCCAUCUCCCCGCGGAGGACUUACCCGAGGUCUUACAUACUCUUCACAGCGAGAUCCUGGAAACCAUUGUUACCGCGGCAACGCCUCGCUCCGCUUUGAUCUUUGAAAAGAAGAAACCCAUCCCCCUCAAACUCCUGACGCCAAAGAUCGUGGAAAUACUCGACUACGGUAAGAAGCGCGGCAGCACCAGAGAGGAGCGGGAGAGGGAGCGGCUCAAGCACAAGUACAAGAAGGAGUUCAAGGGAGCGCUGAGGGAGAUCAGGAAGGACUCUCGCUUCUUGGCCCGAGAGAAGCUCAGCGACGUCAUGCACAAGGACUUUGAGAGGAAGAGGAAGGUGAAGGAGUUGCUGGGCAGCCUGGCCACGCAGGAGGGAGAGUGGAAGGCGCUCAAGAGGAGGAAGAAGAAGUGA